AAUGGUUCAAUCCGCUGAGAGUGAGAAAGACGGGUAGCACAAAGGAAGCAGCGCGCAUACUGUUCGUUUAGGAGGGAGAUAAUUGGGUGCGUGAUGUAAACAUGGAAUAAAAAAAAACGUAAGACUGCAUUUAUUUUUCACAAUGCGCUGGUCCAUUAUCGGUGUUUAAUAUUGCAUGAGGCUCUGGCUAUGAACCACGUAUCUGUCUGGACAAGGGAAGACAGGCAGCAAGUGAGAAAUUGAAGCCAAGAGUGGAGGAGAGGAAAGAGGAGUUGAGCAUUCUUUCAUCUUCGCUUCAGGGUUUUAUCUGGAGUUUCUCGCCUGCUUUGGACCGAACCCCCUUCAUUAAGACGUGAUGUCGGGUUUUUAAGCUGACCACACCGUCAAGAACAGAUUUUUUCUUCUUCUUCUUUUCACAUGCUUCCCCCUUUUGAAUAUAGAAUGACAAAAGGAAAACACGCCAAUAUGUUGCAUUUCUGAGACACGUCUCCGUGGGUGAGGCCCACUGAUCCAGAAAUUCCUACAAACCCCCUCCAUCCCUUCCCCCUACCCUCUUCUCUCCUUUAGACUCCGUCGCCUCCACUUUAUCCACCAUGACUUCCACAAGCCAGCUGUUUGGCUUGGCUGAGGUGGGGCUGAGGUGUGACCAGGAGAUAGAGAGGAGAUAUGAGAUUGUGCCCUCUGUGGUCUGCUCCAUGUGCUGCCUCUUUGGAAUCAUCUAUUGCUUCUUUGGCUAUCGAUGCUUCAAGGCCGUGUUGUUUCUAACAGGCCUAAUGUUUGGCUCUGUGGUCAUCUUCAUGCUAUGCUAUAAGGAGAGGGUGAUGGACACUCAGCUGAGUGUGGAGGCGUCCGUGGGCAUUGGCCUGGGCAUCGGGACCCUGUGUGGUCUGGUGACGAUGCUGGUUCGCAGUGUGGGGUUGUUUAUGGUGGGCCUGCUGCUGGGCCUGCUGGUUGGAGUUGCAUCACUGGUGGUCAUGGAGGAGUUCUACCACCCCAGAACAGUGUGGGUUCCUCUGGGUAUUCUCUUGGGUUCUGGGACACUAUUUGCUGUCCUCACACUACAGUGGCAGCGCUGCUUUGUCACCCUCUCCACUGCCACAUUUGGCUCUGCCAUCAUAACCGUAACCGUGGAUUAUUUUAUAGAGCUGUUCGCUUUGGUACACUACGUUUAUGAGAGACUCAAGGUGGAUCCCAAGAAGCCAGUGUGCUGGUUUACUUGGGUGAUCUUGGGGGUGUGGCCUGUCCUGGCACUCCUCGGAGUGCUGAUUCAGUGGAAAGUCACUGCAGAGGGAUUUUCUCACACAGAGGUGGUUUUAAGUCGACAGCAGCGAAAGGUCCAGCUCAUGCGGAUUCGACAGAGAGAAGAGAGGCUGAAAAAGGAGAAGGAAAACAAAAAGAAGAAAAAGAGACAGAGCCAGAAAACAGGGCACAAGCAGAAGACUCAUUCCCAUCACAACCACCAGCAGUACCACCACCCAGCAGCAUCUCACCCUCAUCACCAAACUCAGAGCUCUCAGCCUCCUAAAGUCCCUCCUCCUCCUCCUCAGACUGAGCCUGGCUACCACCGCAAAGCCAACUCCAAAAGGCGCUUUGAUGGAGAUGUGCUGUCUCCGAGUUAUAUCAGGAGUUUCAGGGACAGACAGACAGACAGACGGGCGUACUCCCACAGUAGAAUGAUGAGCCGGUCUCGGAUGGCUGAACUUGACUAUGACUGCGGCUCUCAGGUGCCCCUUACAGCACCCAGUGGACCCCCAGUUCGCAUCUGAGGCAGUUAAUUGCACAGAUCCACACAAACACAUGUGCACCAUCACAGGCUACUUCAAGACUCACUGAUAAGGAUAGGAAACCUAACCUAACCUAACCUAACCGUGCCAACCCAAUCAACUGCCUAUUAAGCCAACAGGAGCUCAAAGUGCUCCAGAGGUGGUGUGACCCACACUCUUUUCUCCUGUCAGACCCAUUGAAGUAUUUAUUUGGUCUGUUUUUUCCUUUUAAUGUCUAAAAACAGUGAUUUUCUUUGUCGAAAGUGUGAGAAUUAUGAGUCAUCGUAUGUUAUAUUUGGCUUCUCUGUAAUUGUACUUACAUGGAAAACACUGGAAACAAGUGAAACUCUCUUAUGCAUAGUUAAUUAAACUGUCUCUGUUGAACAUUUGAUAUGAAGAUUUAUACUGGUUGGUUCAAGCCAUACAAAGUAAUUUCUAGUGAGAGUGCGCGGGGAAGAAAAAUCACUCCACAGGAGCCCCACAUCAUGUUAGAAAAAAAUUGCAUCACUUGGCUUUCAUCAAGUUAAAGUAAAAGAACACUUUACUCCAAAGGUAAUUAAAGGAUUAAACAUUUUGACUUAAGGAAGCAUCUGCUGUGAAAAAUGACUGAAAAGCAACAUAAAAAAAAUCACAGCAAACACUGAAACUCAAAGGGAGCUCUUCUCAUUUAAAAGGUCAUUCAUGAAGUCUGCAUUUUAUCUUCACUGACAGCUUGUAAAUUCAAAUGUGGCAGCACAAGGCCUGUACUGCUUCAACAUGCAGAAAGAGACAAGUUUAGGUGUGAAUUGGAUUAAACGGUUUACUCCAAAGCUAAUGUUUGUGGUAUUUCUGUUGUCAAUUAAGUGUCAUUCCCUGCGCUGUUGUGAUUUUCAAGGAGACUGUUUUUACAUCUCAUCACUUUCCUUGUAUCCUCUAUUCUAUUGCCAGCCAUUCCAACUACAGACCUGAACAGGAUACUCAUCUGUCUGCUCUUUUUUCCUCUCUCCAUUAAACAUUUCUGUAAGCGAUGUGAUUUUAUUUAUUAACAGUGCUGUUGUGUCCCUUUUUGCUCUUUUCUACAAAGCUUCUGUUAAAGACAAAUAACUGCUGCCUGAUAUUAAUCAUUCUGGAAUUUGAUUGAUGUAAUGAAGUCUGAGAAUAAUAGGCGACAGUAAAAAUGUUAAAAAUAGUGUAUUUUUGUGUGUGUGUGAGUGGACACAUGAGCCCUGUGGCAAUUGAUGGAACAUACCAAAUACUGGCCAAGGAGAGGGGGGAUUCGUUGGAAUGUAUGCGCAGCAUGUUGUGCAUACAUUAAAUUCUCUCUUCUUUACCAGUUGGUGAAAAAUGGUAUGAAAAUGUUUGAGUGAAAUGUUAAGUGAUUAAAAAAAAGAGGCAGCAUCUUUUUUUUUAAGAUAAGAGAAUGUGAAGAUAAAUGCACCUGCAAGUGGCGCCCUCUGAUGUUUACUUCUGGACCUUUUUUUUUUUUGGCCUUUCUAUGUAUGUGUGCAUAUGGUUCAUGUAUACAUGCAUUUGUGUGUUACUCACUUUGAAAUUGAAAUGAGUUCCUUACAUUAAUAUUGUUAUACUAAACACUGAGACAGGAGAAGGACUCUGAAUGCGAGAUGUUUAAGUACAGAAGGAGAAAGUUGUUUUGUUUUGGGGUUUUUUUUGCUUUUUUUUAAUUAAAGCUCUCUGGAAACAAAGCAUUGUAGUUCAUGAACACUAUUGCUAGCAAUGUUGCAGUUCCUACUUAGGUUGAAUAUUACUAUAAAAAGCCCCAAAUGGAAGACUCGGUAGUAUGAAACGGAAAAAAAUUAUUAAAAUUCUGCCUCAAUAUUGUUUUUUUAAACUAUUGUUUUAUUAUAGAUUCUUAUUUCUGAGGUUUAGGAAAACAAAACAAUCUCACUGCACAUAAAUUAUAAAAUAAAACUUGAGGUAUUUAAGUUAGUGCCUGGAUUCAGCAAAAUUUACAGUACUUUUAGGCCCGAGGACCAGGGAUUUUUAUCAAAAGCCCAUUACUGCAUGUUGAUCAUUGUGUAUAUGUUUCGAUUGUGCUGUUGUCAUGUCACAGCUCUGACAUUUACACUUUAGUUUUCUGGUCCUGGGCUGAUGUAGGUAAAAAUAAAAACUCUCUUUCUAUCUCCAGUUCUCUUCUGUCUGUAAAGGGCUUUGAAAGGCAUUUGAAGCAUUUUCCUCUUUUUCACAUGCAUUAUGCCUGUUACAUCAGCUUCUGACCUGCUGUUUACUGUUAUUAAAUGUUGUUUCACGGUUGUGGCAGUACAAGUGUUAUUUUUGGUUUUCUGCCUAUACUUCACUCCUGCUUUGAUCUGCUUUUGUGUUUUUAUUGUAGUGUAAUUCUAAACUAAACAUUGCCCCUCCUCUUGCUUGUAAUUUGGGGACGAAAAUGAAUAAUUCUUUCACUGAACUUUUCUUUUAUGUUGUUGUUUUUCUUAUUUCUAAUAUUUUCUUUGAUUGCCUAUUAUAUAACAUUUCUGUUGAGAAAACCUUUGAUUGUAGAUAUUGACUUGUAAAUAAUUUUUAAGUGUACAAAUGUUUGGCUCCAUUUUCAUGUUUGCACCACAGUCAUGUAUGUAAUUUAUGCAGGCUAUUACUUUCUGGAGUAGACCUGUUAUAUUGUGAUUCUGCUGUAUGUCCAGUUUGCUUUGAUUUGGCUGAGCGGUGGAUACACUUCUCAUUCAGGUGUUUCAUGUUCAAAUUUAGCAAAGAAAAUGAGCCUGGACUCUGAUUCGUCCUUUUCGUAUCAUCCAAUUUAAAUAUGUAAAAAUCACCUGAUUAUUAUUAUUAUUAUUAUUAUUAUUAUUAUUAUUAUUAUGUUAUUAAGCAUGGAUUUCUAUGGACCUAACAUAUGAUAAACAU